CCAUCUUUAGUUUAAUAAUUUUGUAUGCAGUUUUAAUAGAUAAAUGUUCAUUUUUUUAAAGAUGGAAUGAGUGUGGAUGAAAGUAACUUCGAGUGGAUUCGACAUCCUAUCGUUUCGCGCAUUCGGCGCAUCUUUUUUUAUAAUUUACGGCGCUUACACGAGUUAUACGGCUUGUACAGUUAUAUGUCAAUAUGGCCACAGAGCAGACGCUGGAGGCGCGCGACGUCACGAAAAUCGCGAAUAAUUCGCCGAAACCGGAAAGGAUUUUGUUGUUUAGCGGCAAGAGGAAAUCCGGAAAGGAUUACAUUACCGAUAUCUUGCACAACAGAAUUGGUUCAGAGAGGAGUACAAUUAUACGCUUAUCGGGACCUAUAAAAACGCACUGGGCGAAAUCUCGGGGUCUCGAUCUCGAUCAAUUGCUAGGACAUGGUGAAUACAAGGAGAAAUAUCGGCUCGAAAUGGCCAAGUGGGGCGAGGAUGUGAGAAGGAAGGACUACGGCUACUUUUGUCAUGCUGCUAUCGACAUGUAUAAUGCGUGGGACAAAGCAGUGUGGAUAAUAAGCGAUGUCAGGAGAAAGACUGACGUCAAAUGGUUCGCGGAAAAUUUCGGAGAUGUGUGUAAAACUGUACGCAUAGCUUGCCCCGAGGAAGUCAGGCAGAAACGUGGCUGGGUCCAUACACCAGGCAUAGACGAUUCAGAAACGGAGUGCGAUUUGGACGACAUGAGUAACUGGGACGUCGUGCUGGAGAAUAACGACGACAGUGACGUGGAGGCUAUAUUGCAACGAUUGUUAGAUCUCGUCAGCUAGCAGAAAAUCUUUCUAUCCUGUCAAAUGCACAAUAAACGAUGUUUCGCAA